AAAAACAUAUUUUCUUGAGUUUCCGCAACAUAAGCUGGUCAUCUGAAACCCUUUGAACGGGUAGAACUCCCAACAUCAUCAACGUCCAGCCGCGAUGUCUAUUGAACUGGGCACUCGUGUUGUGCGUGGUCCAGACUGGAAGUGGGAUGACCAGGACCAUGGGGAAGGCCACGUCGGAACCGUGGUCUAUAUCGGGAAGGGGGAUCCCGUCGAUCGUCCGGAGAAGACCGUGCUCGUCAUGUGGGACCUCGGAAGGAAGAACAAUUACCGAGCUGGAUUCAACCGUGCCUAUGAUCUCAGGAUCUUUGACAAUGCACAGACAGGUGUUGUUCAUCCCGACGUGUCUUGCAUUGUUUGCAAUGAAAAGAUUCACGGAAUCAGAUGGAAAUGUAUCAAGUGUUUCAACUGUAACCUCUGUACACACUGUUUCAUGGAUGAUAAACAUGAUAUCAGUCAUCCCUUCCAAAGGUUUACCACCAAAGAUUCCGCUGGGAGAACCCUGUAUUGCAGAUAUGGAUGUAGGAAGGUGGAGGCAUUGGGCACCUUUCCUGGGGCCUCGGUCCAGAGAGGCAACGAUUGGAAGUACGGCGAUCAGGACGGAGGAGAUAGCAGUCGUCCUGGUACUAUGGUAGACGUACAAGGAUGGGGUGAUGACGGGAACAGGGCGGGAGUGGGUGUGAAAUGGCCUGGCAAGAGUAAGCUCUACCGAUACCGUCUCGGAUACGAAGGGAAGGUGGACGUCAAAUGCGUUCAGGAAGCACAGAAAGGAACGUACUAUCCCGAGCUGCUCCCGAACUUAGGUGAAACGGAGGACCUUCAAGUUGGUGAUACUGUUGUGAUUCAGCUGAGUAAAGAUACUCUAAAAUCAUUUGGUGAUGCCAGCAUCGGGGUUUCCCGACAAAUGCAGGAGGUUGCUGGUGAGAAAGGCGUUAUCAAGACAGUAACUAACAAGGGAGAGCUGGGCAUCAAGUACCUCAGCGGGCAGGUGCUCCAUGUCAACCCUCUAGCAGUACAGAAGGUUUCGGCUUUCAACGUUGGGGACAGGGUUCGGAUCAUCACCGACCAAUCGCAAGCCGAGAAUCUUCAGAGGGGGCAUGGAGGCUGGAACCAUUCCAUGAGAAAGAUUCUUGGUAAAGAGGCAUGUGUAGAACAGAUAUACAGUGAUGGCGACAUCAAGGUUAGGAUAGAAGCUACUUCUAUUAAGCUGCUAUUUCAUCCAGCAUGUUUGACGUUGGUAGAGCCAGGACAACAUGAAGCUGUGUUUGAACAAGAGCCAGGAGAUGGGUUCCUAUCGCUGCUUGACCAGCAGAAAUCCAUGGGCCUUCAAAAUGACCAAGCUAAUAAGAGACGUCUUAGUAAAGCAGCAGCUAUGGGGCGUGUCGGAGAGGUCAGGGACAUCCUAGAGGCGCAUCCCGAUUGGAUUGACUCGUUAUACUCGAAUCGCACAGCACUUCAAGUAGCAGCCCACCAAGGUCACCUGUCGACGGUGAAAGAACUGAUGAAGUAUAGACCUUCUUUGGAAGCAGUCGAUAACGAUGGAGAUACUGCUCUGCUUUAUGCUGUUUAUGGCGAUAAACCUGUCAUGGUGGAAUACUUGUUGGAUAAGGGUUGCUAUAUCAACGUCGUCAACAAGCAGAGAAGGAGCUGCCUCCACGUUGCAGCUCGUAGAGGUCAUGUCAAGUGUGUCGAGAUCCUCCUCAAGAGAGGAUGCCAUUGUAAUGCUCAGGAUAAAGCUGGAGACCUUGCUCUUCACGAUGCUAUCCAUAAAGACAAACGUGAGGUGAUAGACGUCCUUGUUCCGUGGCCGAAGUGCGAUCUUACCCUCCGCAACAAAAAGAAUUUAUCGGUACUACAUUAUGCUGCCCUCAGGGGUAACGACUAUGCUGCUGAACGUCUGGUCUCAUAUGCACCCAAUCUUCUUAAACUGAAAAGAGAUGGUGAAACUGCUCUUCACGUUGCCGCUAGCAACAACUUUGAGAAGGUUGCUCGAUGCCUAAUUGAGAAAGACCGGAAUAUACUCGAUGACCGCAAUUCACAGCAGAAGACGCCACUAUUGAUCGCUGUGUCAGGGGGGCAUGUGAGCAUAGUGAAACUGCUGGUUGAGGCUGGUGCUGAUGUCAAUGCCAGUGAUGCUGAUGGGGAUACGUGCCUGCAUAUAGCUGUGCUGAGAUACAAACACACCCCCUCUGAGAGUGAUGCCUCAAUACUCCAGCCUUUAUGUAAGGGUGUCGAUGACUCCUUGCUGAAGAAGGCCGGAGUACCAUUGAUUGUCUAUCUUAUCCAAAAUGGUGCAAGGAUCGACAUAUCUAACAGGAGUCACAAGAAACCCUUAGAGUUGGUGGAAAACAGUGGAGUACUGAAGGCUCUCUAUGGCAUUGAAGGAAACCCAGUCAGUGUCCCGGCGCCUGUAGAUGAAGUUGACGGCCUCCAGGUAGAUAGUGCCAGCCGGGUUUUUAAUCUCAAGUCCCAGCAACCACCGACCCAAACAACACCACCAGCAAGCUUGCAACAGACCCAUAAAACCCCACCACAGAGUCUAGAUCAACAGCAACAGCCGCAGCAGCAACCACGUAGUCGACCGAAGUUGUCCAUGGGACAAGGGAAGCCGCGUAGUUUCAAUCAAUUAAGAGAGAACUUACUGCCUAGGUCACCAAGGUCACCUCCUAUCUCUCAGCAGCCCCCACAAUUCCCAAGAGCAUUUGAAGGUGUACACAGGAUCGAUGUGAGUGAGCUGGACCUCAGUGUUGAGAUCGGCGGAGGUUCUUUCGCUAGGGUCUAUAGAGGGCGCUGGAGGGGGACUACGGUCGCCAUCAAGAAGAUGAACAUAGCUGGCAGCAAACGAGCGGAGAUAGAAAAGGAGGUGGACAUACACAAACAAGCCAUGCAUCCGAACAUCGUGCAGUUGAUGGCCCUGGGAUACAGUGAUGUCUCCGCGUACCUUGUCAUGACGUUCAUCCAUGGCUCAACGCUUCAUCAGUAUAUCUUCCCAGGAGAAAAAACAAAGAGCUCCACGCUGACGGUCCCACAGAAGAACGAGAUAUCAAAGGCUGUACUAAGCGCUCUGACGUUCAUGCACGCCAGUGGUCUGCUUCAUCUCGACAUCAAACCAAGUAACAUCUUGAUUGAGAAGGGGACGUUGAAGACCUACCUCUGUGACCUUGGUCUGUCCUACAUCAAACAGAGAGCUCACAUGUCUCUUUCAAGUCACCUUAGUAAAGCAAGAGGAACGCCCAUGUACAUGGCUCCGGAGAUGCAUGCCGAUCAUUCGUUGAAGGUGAGCAGUGCUCAGGAUGUCUGGUCGGUAGCCUGCACCUUCAUCGAGCUUUACGGAGAGGUUCCGGUUUAUCCCCCCACCAUGACUCUAUGGGGGUUAGCGAGACGUUUCAUGUCCGGACUAAUCAUUCCCGAUUCCCUCGAGGAAGUCUGUAUGCCGCAGAAAGACAUUAUCAAGCCGUGCUUCACCGUUAAGACCAGCGCUAGGCCGAUGACUAGUGAGCUGCUACGGAAAUUUGAGGAUCUUUGCGAAGAAUCGUGACGACGGUAGAUGACUCUGGUCGUGCAGAGCUUUAGAACUGAAUACCACCAGAUGAUCCAUUCAUGGCUAUUUUGUGGCUAUUU